GGCCCGCGGGCCUCGGCAUGGGGAGGACGGAAAAUCAGGGCACGGCCACAUGGCUUGGGUGGGCUCGGGCCAGACUGAGCUGAGCUGAGCUGCGCUGCUCGGGAGAGGCCGGCUCGCCUCUCCCUUGUUUUAACCGUGGAGUAGGAGCUCCGGUGCCCGCCCUGGGGGCGCGUCCCCAGGCACUCCCGCGUUGAGGUUUUGUCUGGCUGGCUCUGACUGUGCAGUCUCGAGCGUCCGUGGGGGUGGGAAGGGGCCCGGGAGACGGCAGAUUCUGCCUUGCUCUUAAGGAGCCAGCGUGCGGGGAACGUGGAGCUGCGGGGGAUUUCCCACCGCGGGGCGCUGGGUGCACUAGGAACGGGGGCUCGCCUUCGGCGAGCCGGGGAGUGCGGGAGAGCUCCGGAGGAUGGGGGACAGUGGCGUGCUCAGGCCUGCUGUUGUUUCCUGUGUGCUGCCCGCGGGGCCGGAUCCCGCAGGGGCGGUGCGGAGCGGCCACGUGGGGGAUGGCCGGGGGCUUCCCGGGCUCGGUGUCCACCUGCUGGGGUGGCGGGAAGGGGAUGGGCCACGGGGGAAGUCGAAUUGGGCACCAGUCUUCUUACAGUGCAACGGAGGGCUGGCAAGUUAUUACAAAUGGAAAGAGUUUCUUGGUGUUGAAUGAACAGAGAUUUGCAAAAGAGAUUCUUCCCAAAUACUUCAAGCAUAACAACAUGGCAAGCUUUGUCAGACAGUUAAACAUGUAUGGCUUCCGUAAAGUUGUCCAUGUUGAUUCUGGAAUUGUCAAACUGGAGCGAGAUGGUCCUGUAGAGUUUCGUCAUGCGUAUUUUAGGCAGGGCCGGGAGGACUUGCUGGAACAUAUUAAAAGGAAGGUUUCUUCUUCGAGACCUGAAGAAAACAAGAUACGUCAGGAAGAUCUCUCUCAAAUAAUAUGCAGUGCUCAAAAGGUGCAGAUUAAACAAACAACUAUUGAAUCUCAGUUGACUCUUUUGAAGAGAGAGAAUGAAUCCCUUUGGAGGGAAGUGUCAGAACUGAGAGCAAAACACUUGCAACAGCAGCAAGUUAUUCGAAAGAUUGUACAAUUCAUUGUUACCUUGGUGCAGAAUAACCAACUAGUGAGCCUAAAACGCAAGAGGCCUCUACUUCUGAAUACUAAUGGACCUACAAAGUCGAAUGUAUUUCAGAAAAUUGUGAAAGAACCAGCUGACAGUAGCCACCAUGUACCUCUCAACAGAAAUGAGGGCUUAAAACAAAGGGAACAGAUUUCAGAUGACAUUGUUAUUUAUGAUGUCACUGAGGAUGUGGGUGAGGAAGAACAUCCCAUGGCUGAUGAAGAAAAUCUUCCUGUUACACCAGAAACAAGUGAAGAUACCACUUCAGAUUCUUCCAACUGUAGCUGUAGCUACCACUCUCCCGAUAUUGUAAUUGUGGAAGAUGAUAAUGAAGAUGAAUAUGCCCCUGUAAUUCAAGGGGAUAAAAGCACUGAAUCAGUUGCUGUCCCAGGUAAUGAUCCAGUCAGCCCUGCCAGUGACAGCACAAACCCACUCAUGUCAAGUGCUGUACAGCUGAAUAACCAGUCAACUUUAACUGCAGAAGACCCAGUGUCUGUGAUGGAUUCCAUACUCAAUGAAAAUGGAGUAAUUUCACAGAAUAUAAAUCUUCUUGGAAAAGUUGAACUUCUGGAUUAUCUGGACAGUAUCGACUGCAGUUUAGAGGACUUCCAGGCUAUGUUGUCAGGACGACAGUUCAGCAUAGAUCCAGAUCUCCUGGUUGAUCUUUUUACAAGUUCUGUGCAGAUGAAUCCCACAGAUCAUGAUCAUAUCACUAAUACCAAAACGGAGACAAAGGGAAAAGAAACUAACAAGAAUAAUGCCGGUCCAGCAGCUUCCCAGGAAAUGCAAGAUAAGCAGCUGAUACACUACACUGCGUUUCCACUCCUUGCAUUCCUCGAUGGGAACCCAGGCUCUGCUGUUGAGAGUGGGAGCUUCACAGCUGAAACUCCUUCCACUGCUGAAGGGGACGAGCUCCUGGAGAGCAGCCUGGAUCCCCAGCCCACCCAGAGCAAACUGGUGCGUCUGGAGCCACUGACAGAGGCAGAGGCGAGCGAAGCCACGCUGUUCUACCUGUGUGAACUUGCCCCAGCACCCAUGGACACAGACAUGUCCUUCCUGGAUAACUGAUGUGAGGGAGGCUCUGUAUAUAGCCAUGAAGAUGAACUAUUUAUUUAGAAUAUUGUUUGAGAGUUUUUUGUAAAUCACUGUUUUAUGUAACCAGGUAUGUGGAAUCUGAAGUACCUUUCCUAUCUUAUACAAGCAGUUGUUUAGCUAUGGAGUUAGACCAACCACCAGGCACAGCUGGCACUGCUGAGCCAGGCUGCUGCUGCACUGCUGUGAACACUUGGUGUUGCACACAUUGCUUGUACUGCAGGUAACCAACACUUGUCAAUAGUGAGCUUUGGUUUAUGGUUUCUUAUACUUCUUGUCUUACCUAUGAUGACAUAAACUAGUAGUGUAUGGUUAGGGAACACUGACUUUCUGUAUUUUGGGGUUUUUAUUUUUUACAUUUUGUUUUAACACACAUGAGGCUUUUUUGGGGUGGGGGGACCAGGACCUAAUGUAGGCUUAUUUUUCCCUGCUUCAACUGGGAACAAAGUGCCUGUACCUUGCUGAAUCUUGGUUCUGCCUUACUUUCACUUCAGUGGAAGUGCUUACACAUAGCACAAACUGGGGAAAAGUUCUUGACAGCUGCCAGGCCCCAUGACUGCAUGAGUACUUUUAACUUGGACCAUCUAUGCUGACAAAAUAAAUGUUACUUAAGUGUGGUGUCUGUCAA